CUAGCAGGAAGUCGGCCGUAGGCGAUGUCUAGCAGGAAGUCGGCUGUCGGCCGUUUUAUUUUAAUCACAACAAGCCGUGUGCAGCUAGUGCUAGUCAAGUGUUCGUCCAUGGUCAUCCUUGUUUCUGUUUGUGCCUUCGACAUCAUCGUCUUGGGAAAAUGUCUGCAAGGACCACAGCAAAGUACGUGAAGGAAAAGGACCGCAGUCGUCGACGACUGGAACAUCUUUGGCUGCAGCCUUAUGUUGUGUUGCGCAGAGCAGACAUCAGUGAAGCUAUUCGUCCUAAGCAGGAGGAGCUGGACCGCACAGGCAUUAAAGAGGAAGAUGUGGGCAAAGAGGUACACCACUUCAAUGAACAAAUGGAGCAGAAGUUUCUUUCCACUAUAAAAGAGGAGGAAGAGCCGGAGCGGCCUUGUCAGAAAGAGGACGGAGAGGACUCCUGCGACAUCAAAAAGGAGGAGGAAGAUACCUGUGAGAUGCCAUUGACUGGUGUACUUGUGAAGCGUUUAGAUGAGGCUCAACGUGAGGUGAGCAAAGGGGCGGAGCCUCCAAGCUGCAGCUCUAGUCCACAUAUGACCAGAGAAGGUGAUGGAGACCACUGUGGUGGAUCACAAGCAGCUCCACUAUCCGAUAGUGAUGACGUGUUGUCACAUGUUCCUGCUGCUGCUGAUGAUGAUGACUCUCAAAACAAACACAGGCAAUGUUCUCACUGUGGAAUUUUUUUCCGUCAUAGCAGUAGUUUGAAACAACACAUGAGAAUGCACACAAAAAACAAAAACUUUUGCUGUUCAGAUUCUGGCAAAAAAUUCUCUCAGAGUGGAUCUUUAACAAUGCACGCAAGAAUCCACACUGGUGAGCAACCAUUUUCAUACUCAGUUUGUGGCCAAAAAAUCUCUCACAGGGGAAAUCUAAAUAGGCACACAAGAAUCCACACUGGUGAGAGACCUUUUUCAUGCUCAGUUUGUGGCCAGAAAUUCUCUCUGAGUGGAUCUUUAAAAAUUCAUACAAGAAUCCACACUGGCGAGAAACCUUUUUCAUGCUCAGUUUGUGGCCAGAAAUUCUCUCGGAGGGGAGAUUUAAACACGCACACAAGAAUCCACACUGGCGAGAAACCUUUUUCAUGCUCAGUUUGUGGCCAAAAAUUCUCUGAGAGGGGAAGUUUAAAUAGGCACACAAGAAUCCACACUGGCGAGAAACCUUUUUCAUGCUCAGUUUGUGGGCAAAAGUUCUCUCGGAGGGGAAAUUUAAAUACGCACACAAGAAUCCACACUGGUGAGAAACCUUUUUCAUGCACAGUUUGUGGCCAAAGAUUCUCUCAGAGGGAAACUUUAAAUAUGCACACAAGAAUCCACACUGGUGAGAAACCUUUUUCAUGCUCAGUUUGUGGCCAAAAAUUCUCUCAGGUGGUAAGUUUAAAUAUGCACACAAGAAUCCACACUGGCGAGAAACCUUUUUCAUGCUCAGUUUGUGGCCAGAAAUUCUCUCUGAGUGAAUCUUUAAAAAUUCAUACAAGAAUCCACACUGGCGAGAAACCUUUCUCAUGCUCAGUUUGUGGCCAAAAAUUCUCUCAGAGGGGAAAUUUAAAUACGCACACAAGAAUCCACACUGGUGAGAAACCUUUUUCAUGCUCAGUUUGUGGCCAAAAAUUCUCUAUAAAGAGACAGUUAAAUAGGCACACAAGAAUCCACACUGGCGAGAAAGCUUUUUCAUGCUCAGUUUGUGGCCAAAAAUUCUCUCACAAGGGAAAUUUAAAUAGGCACACAAGAAUCCACACUGGUGAGAAACCUUUUUAAUGCUCAGUUCGGCCAAACAGUCUCUCAGGGUAAGCUUAAUCAGGCACGCAGGAGCCCACACUGGAGAGAAACGUGUUGCCUGCUCAGUCAGUUGCCAAAGAGUCUCUAUUAAGAAUUCUGAGUGUUUUGGAGAGAUGAGCAAUGAUCCAUGGAGUUCUCACCUUCUUUUUGAGCAGACUUUAUGAGUUUAUGCAUCAAUAAUAGUUCUAUUCUAGUAUGCACCUUUUGAUUGAGAUGCUGAACUCCUUUCCUUUAAGUUCAAUUCAUUUUAGUUUUACCUAUGAAUUUGAAAAUAAAAUUAACCGGCCUUGGAAUGAUAAUAGUUUUGUAUGUUUCAUGAUACAGAUGUUUAUUUUGUUUUUAGUUGUGUGUUCAUAUUUAGGGCAAGUUGCUUGGUUCUUAUUAGUGUUGGUUCAGGAUUUUGUUUUGUUCAGCUUUUCAUGUUCAUGCCUGGAAAGCGGACUUUAAACCAAUGAUGAUGUGGAUAAAAAAAAAAUGAAAUAGUGUUGGAUAUCCCCCAUUUUUCUUCAACAGUUUUUUUUUGUUACUUUACCUUACUAAUAACAUGUUAAAAUGUACUUGAGGUGUAUUAAGACAUUUCAUUAAAAAGUUGUUUACUUCACAGUA